AUGAGCACGGGAGAGCUCCUCAGCAUCGAACCUCUAGAGCUCAAAUUUCCUUUUGAAUUGAAGAAGCAGAUCUCUUGUUCUCUUCAACUGUCUAAUAAAACUGAUAAUUAUGUCGCUUUCAAGGUCAAAACAACAAAUCCCAAGAAGUACUGUGUCCGACCAAAUGCUGGGAUUGUGUUGCCUCGCUCCACAUGUGAUGUUAUAGUUACUAUGCAAGCGCAAAAGGAGUCUCCUCCUGACAUGCAAUGCAAGGACAAGUUUUUGCUUCAAAGUGUAAAAGCAAAUGACGGUGUCACUGCAAAGGAUAUUAAUGCAGAAAUGUUCAGUAAGGAGGCAGGGCAUGUUGUCGAGGAGUGCAAAUUGAGAGUGCUUUAUGUGUCUCCCCCUCAACCACCUUCUCCUGUUCCAGAAGGGUCAGAGGAAGGGUCGUCCCCCAGGGGUUCUGUGUCGGACAAUGGGAACGUUAAUGGCACUGAUUUAUCUACUGCAACAAAGGCAUUUGUUGAGCAGCUUGAACCUCAAGACAAAUCUUCGGAGGCAAGAGCUCUUAUUUCAAAGCUGACUGCUGAUAAGAAUAAUGCAAUUCAACAAAAUAACAAGCUUCGUCAAGAAUUGGAACUCCUGAGACGCCAAGGCAACAAAAACCAUGGUGGUGUAUCCUUUAUGUUCAUCAUCUUUGUUGGCUUGCUUGGCAUAUUUCUGGGGUAUCUCAUGAAGAAGACGUAA